AUGGCGCGGGCGGGCGCGGGGCCGCCGCGGGAGCUGUCCCUGGAGGAGGUGCUGAAGUGCUACGAGCAGCCGCUGAACGAGGAGCAGGCCUGGGCACUCUGCUUCCAGGGCUGCCGCGCCGCCGCCGCCGCCCCCGUCGCCCCCGCGCCGCUCCGCACCGCCGACAUCCGCCUCCGCGCCGACGGCUCCCUCCGCCUGCCCGCCCCGCCGCACGACCUGCCCGCGCUGCUGACGCCCUCCGCCGAAGCCCAGAUGGUGCAGUCGCUGGGCUUUGCCGUGUACCGGGCGCUGGACUGGGGACUGGACGAGAACGAGGAGCGGGAGCUGAGCCCGCGCCUGGAGCAGCUCAUCGACCUGAUGACCAACAGCGACUCCGAGGACAGCGGCUGCGCCACGGCCGACGAGGGCUAUGGGGGGCAGGAUGAGGAGGAGGAGGGGGGCGAGGGGCCGCCUCGCUCCGUGCGCACCUUCGGGCAGGCCAUGCGCUGCUGUGCCGCCCGCCUGGCCGAUCCCGCCGGCGCCCCCGCGCAUUACCAGGCUGUCUGCCGUGCCCUCUUCGCAGAGACCGUGGAGCUCAUGGCCUUCCUCGCCAAGAUCCGCGAUGCCAAGGAGCUACUGCAGAAGCUGAAGGAGGAUGAGGAAGAGGAGGAGCGGCCGGCGGCGGAGCUGGGCAACCUGCGCAACACAGACUGGGCCCGGCUGUGGGUGCAGCUGAUGCGGGAGCUGCGGCACGGUGUGAAGCUGAAGAAGGUACAGGAGAAGCAGUUCAACCCUCUGCCCACCGAAUACCAGCUCACGCCCUUCGAGAUGCUCAUGCAGGACAUCCGUGCCCGCAACUACAAACUCCGCAAGGUCAUGGUGGAUGGAGACAUCCCCCCCCGGGUGAAGAAAGAUGCCCAUGAGCUCAUACUUGACUUCAUCCGCUCCCGGCCCCCCCUGAAGCAGGCAUCAGAGCGGCGGCUGCGGCCGCUGCCCCAGAAGCAGAGGACACUUCAUGAGAAGAUCCUGGAGGAGAUCAGGCAGGAGCGGAAGCUCCGGCCCGUGGAGCAGAAAGGAUACAGCUCCUUGCCCUGCAUCCCCCACGCCUGUGCCGGCCGCCUGAGUUCGAGCUCCUGCCUCGAGCUGUCCCGGUGCCCUGCCAGCGCCAUGCCUGCGCGCCCACGGCCACGUGUCCUGCUCAAAGCACCCACCCUGGCCGAAAUGGAGGAGAUGAACCUCUCCGAGGAUGAGGACUCUCCAGCCACAGAGGUGCCACUGAAGCGGGAUCGCUCCUUCUCAGAGCAGGACCUGGCGCAGCUGCAGAGCCAGCUGGGGGGUGACCAGGCUGUGCCCCAGGACCCAGAACCGCUGCAGCCCGAGCCCCGACCCCGCUCAGGCUCUGUCCCCGCCAGCUGCCACCCGCUGCCAGAUGGCCCAGCACUGCCCCGGGCUGCCCUCGGCGCUGUGGAGGAGAGGCCAGAGGAUGGAUCCAGCGCUGCCCCUGCCAGCAGUUCCAAGCACCUCUGGCUGGAGUUCAGCCACCCUGUGGAGAGCCUGGCUCUGACCGUGGAGGAGAUGAUCAACGUGCGCAGGGUGCUGGUCAAGGCUGAGAUGGAGAAGUUCCUGCAGAGCAAGGAGCUGUACAGCAGCCUGCGGAGGGGGAAGGUCUGCUGCUGCUGCAGGGCCAAGUUUCCUCUCUUCUCCUGGCCCACGUCGUGUUUCUUCUGCAAGCGGUCUGUCUGUAGCUCCUGCAGUCUAAAGAUGAAGAUGCCUUCCAAGAAGCUGGCUCACAUCCCCGUUUACGCGCUGGGCUUCGAGAGUCUGCCAGGCUCGCUGCUGUCCAAGGCCCCGCCACUGCGCCGGAGAGAACCCUUCCACUCGCUCUCGGGGCCGUGCUGGCGCCGGGUGGAGGAGGAAUUCCCGCACAUCUACGCCCAGGGCUCGGUCUUGCGCGACGUCUGCUCCGACUGCGCCGGCUUCGUCACCGACGUGGUCAGCUCCAGCCGCCGCAGCGUGGCCGUCCUCAACGCCAGCGCCGCGUCCCGGCGCCACGCCAAGGCUCGCUCCCUCUACAGCGACGCGUGGCUCAAGUGAAGGGCCGGGAGCCCCGGUGAUGGUCGCCACGGGGGUGCCGGUCACCCCGGCACAGCCCCCCGAUGUACAUAUAUACAUAGGAUGGAUACACACAGCUUCUAUAUUUAUAUACAUUAUGGACCAGGGGUCAAAAGGACCCGUUCCUGCUGUC